AUGGACUUUUACUCCAAUUUGGACUCCCGCUCCUUGGACAGAAACACCCCAACUCUGUUUGAGGUGAUCAGCGCCAAGGAGCUGGAAAACCUGCUUUCUCCAAGUAUCCGGUUUGUUCUGGUCCAUUACGCCAACAGAUACCCCCGCUAUCUUAUCAGGAUCCUGAACCACUUCGAUGAGCUGAAUCUUGCGAUCAGAGGUUUGGUGGAGUACUCCUUUCUGCGCAAUUGGAACUCUACAUUUAUUGAGAAGUUUUACGGGCUCAAAAGGUGCAAUCAGCUGGACCUAACACUCGAAACCGCCGCUACGGGACAGCUGACUAAAUACGAAACUUUGAAACGGCUCAGAGGGAGCCAGGUGGGUGUCUCGCUCGCUGAGGUUGUUUUGGUCCCGUUCUUGAAGGAGAAGCUUGAUCUGCUGUACGACAGCUUGUUGCCGGAAUAUCUCAUGCAGAGACUGAAGCCUGACGAGAGCAAGAAGGAUCUGGCCAAAUACUGGUUUCUCAAGCUGUAUCCUGCGAUUUCAACGAUAUUAAAGCUGAUCAAUAUCGUGUUCAAAGUGUUGUAUUUAUCGGGCAAGUUCAAGUCCACGAGCCUGCUCCAAUACCUGUUCAGAAUCCAGUACUCCAGGCUCAACCAGUUCGACUACAAGCUGGCGGAGGACCGCACAGCGGCGUACCUCCAAGGUGUGUCCACAGAGCCUAAAUCCAGUCGCAUAAGGCCGAUCUCGCUCUCAGAGUCGGUGGUUGCCGCUUACUCGCAAGUGGCAUAUCCGCUCAAAAAGUCGCUUCUAUUUGGCUCCGAGUCUGUUCUGCCCGUGUCGAUUUUCCUGCUCAAAUUCCUCGAGUGGUGGAACACGUCCGACGUAAAAAAGAAUUUCAAGACAGACACCGUCACCGAAAGAACGCCACAGGUGCCGCCGCUGCUGAACAACGAGGUGGCCGCUUCGCGCAAGAUGCGCAGCAAACUGGUCACCAAAUCGCCAAAUUGCCCGCUCUGCCAGGAGGAAAUCCACAACCCGGCAGUGAUCGAGACAGGCUACGUUUUCUGCUACAAAUGCAUCUACACGUUUCUGCGCGAGGGCGAUGAAAAUGGGGGCAAGUGCCCGAUAACGGGCAAACGCCUGGUUGGUUGCAAGUACAGCCAGUCGGCGAAAGAGUGGAAGGUGACGAACAUAAGAAGAUUAAUGAUAUAA